UCAUUACAUUACGACACGAUUGCGCCCGAUGCGCGUCCGAACGCUUUGGUGAGACACGAACGUCGUUCGAAACGGAGAGAAGGGCGAUGUUGUACUCAGCGAAGAAAGACAGCUGUCGUUUCAUUUUCAGCUGAUUUUUGUGUACGCUUCGAACUGUACUCGCGUUUCAAGAGUUUCGUAACGACAAGGAGUUUUAAGAUCGCUACUCCGAUUUCGCAUCGCAGACAAAGGGCAUAAAAAGGGAACAAUCGAGAAGCACAGCUCACCGUGACGAACAAAGGGAGAUGGUCCAUUGAGCGCGGGUGGUGCGUAGUGGACUGUCGUGACGUCAGAGCGCGAGCGUCGCCGGGGCGUCGGGCGGUCAGCAGCGCCAGCACGGACCGAUGCGGCGCGCGCGGGACUGAGCUCGGCGCUCGGGGCAGCGCGGCGCUCUCGCUCCGCCAGCCUGGCCUCCACUGACUCGGGCGACGAGGGCGCCGGGCAUCGGCCGCCGCGCAAGCGGUCCCGCAGGCUGUCGCCGCCAGCGCCCGCCAUGCAGCAGCCCACGGCCAACGGCCAAGCGGCUCACGUCAACGGCGACGCUGACCGCAACGGCGCCCCGCCAGCGCCUGGCCCGCGCAUGGCCCAGACUGAUCAAGAAAUUGUUCGCCUCAUAGGCCAGCACCUGCUCUCUAUUGGCCUCGAACGCAGCGCCGCCCUUGUGAUGGAGGAGUCGGGGCUGCACCUGGAGCACCCGGCGGCCGCCACGUUCCGGGCGCACGUGCUGGCCGGCGACUGGGGCAAGGCCGACCACGAGCUGCGCGCGCUGCACGCGCUGUUGCAGGGCGAGCAGCUCGACCCGCACUCACUCGCGGAGAUGAAGUUCGUGGUCCUCGAGCAGAAGUACCUCGAGCACCUGGAAGCCGGGCGCGCGCUCGACGCGCUGCACGUGCUCCGGAACGAGCUUACCCCGCUUGGGCACGACACGGCGCGCGUGCACCGCCUGUCGGCGCUCAUGAUGUGCGCGGACCCCGCGGAGCUGCACGCACGCGCGAGAUGGCCGGGUGCCGGCGCGGACAGCAGAGCGCGCGUGUUACAACGCGUGCAAGCAGUGCUGCCGCCGGCGCUAAUGAUGCCGCCACACCGGCUGCGCGCGCUGCUCGCGCAGGCCGCUCAGGCGCAGGUGACCCGCUGCCGCUUCCACGCAGCACCGCGGCCGCCGCCCGACUGCAUCCCCUUCAGUCUGUUGCAGGACCACCACUGCUCGCCCGACUCCUUCCCCAUACACCCGCUGCAGGUUCUAAACGAGCACUGCGACGAAGUGUGGUACUGCAAGUGGUCCCCCGACGGCAGUAAGCUCGCCUCGGGCUCCAAAGACAACACCGUCAUGAUCUGGGACUACGACCCGCAGGCGCGCCGCCUCGCCUUCAGAAAGUCGUUGGAAGGGCACUCGUACGGCGUGUCAUACCUGGCCUGGAGCCCGGACGGGCGCUGGCUCAUCGCGGCCGGCCCCGAGGACUGCCCGGACCUGUGGAUAUGGAAUAUGGAGACUGAGACCUUAGCGACCAAGAUGUCGCACUCACAAGAGGACUCGCUGACCGCCGUGGCGUGGCACGCGGGCUCCGACAAGUUCGUGUGCGGCGGCGCUCGGGGACAGUUCUACCACUGCAGCAAAGAGGGCCAGCUGCUGAACAGCUGGGACGGCGUGCGCGUGAACGCGCUGGCGACGCGCAGCGACGGGCGCGGCGUGCUGGCCGCCGACACGCACCACCGCGUGCGACACUACGACUUCACCGACCUCACCGACUGCAACCUAAUUCAAGAAGAGCACGCGGUGAUGGCGAUGUGCGUGGACGCGGCCGACUCGCUGCUGUUGCUCAACGUGGCCAACCAGGGCGUGCAUCUCUGGGACAUACGGGCCCGCGCGCUGGUGCGGCGCUUCCGCGGGCUGUCGCAGGGCCACUUCACCAUCCACGCGUGCUUCGGCGGCGCCCGCCAGGACUUCGUGGCCAGCGGCAGCGAGGACAACAAGGUGUACAUCUGGCACAUCUCGGGCGAGGAGCCCGUGGCGGUGGUGGCGGGGCACUCGCGCUGCGUGAACGCCGUGGCGUGGAACCCCGUGCACCACGACGUGCUGGCCUCCGCCUCCGACGACUACUCGCUGCGGCUGUGGGGCCCGCGCUGCUAG